AUGAUUAACGCUGAUGAUGGUGUUUACAAUUUCGAGCAACAACGACAAAUCGAAAGGGCAUUUUAUCGUAAUUUGCUGGAUUUCUAUACUUUAAAAUCGGAUGCAAUUAAAAGUGAACAAUGUAAAAGUGAUUGUGAAAUAUAUCGAAAGUCAUUUUACAAUAAAGAAAUGUGGGCCAUAGGAAUGUUCGAUUCAUCAUCAAAAAUGCAAUCGGGUUUUUUAUCUGGUAAUUUAGCUGAGCUAGGAGAUUUUAAUCAAUGUAUUAACAUACAAGUGAUUAAGGAAAAUGGUACAGCAAUUCGAGGAAAACACGUCUUAAUAAGUAUAUCCGGCUAUGUGUUGUUUACACCAUACCCCUUCCAACUUCAAGCAGGAUAUCCUAUGAUACAAUUGCCUUAUUUAAAUUAUAUCAACAAAACUCUUUAUAACAUAAAAUUCUUAAAAUCGGAACAUAUAACACGACAACCACAACCCAGUCACCAAUGGGCAAUUUGUGUACCAGAUUCGUGUAAUCUUCAUGAGAUUGUUACACAUUUAAAAUUAUACAUGGAACGUGAUAAUUUUACAAGAAUAACUGACGCAUCAGAACAGACAUUAGACAGCCAAUUUCAUUUAAGAGAUUAUGAUUGGAUAAUAAUGUAA